UUUUCUUUUAAUGGAGAUUGCGUGAAACUAAGACCCUUAAGUCCAAUCAUUUUGUUAGAUCAAUGGUGACCGGCGAAGAAGAAGGCCACGACCACCGCCGUUCUCUCCCUCGCUCCUCCGCCGCCUCCGGGGAUUCUCCGGACCCGUCGAGCUUCUCCCCUUCGUCUUCUACUCCCCUGGCUGAGCCUGAGACUGUUCGGAGCUUGGUUAUCGUCGAUGCAUCCUCCGAUUCUUCCCGCCUUUCUCCCGUUUGGUUACUCGUAAUCUUUUGUGUCAUUAACUUGCUAAACUAUGUGGACCGAGGUGCCAUAGCUAGCAAUGGUGUGAAUGGGAGUAUCAAGACUUGUAAUGAAAAGGGGAUAUGCAUUCCUGCAAGAGGGAUUCAGGGGCAUUUUAACUUGAAUAAUUUCCAAGACGGCGUACUGUCAUCUGCGUUUAUGGUCGGGCUUCUUGUGGCAUCCCCAAUAUUUGCUUCGCUCGCGAAGAGCUUCAACCCUUUUAGACUUAUUGGAGUUGGAUCGACUGUUUGGACUCUUGCUGCUCUUGGCUGCGGCAGUUCCUUCUCCUUUUGGUUUAUCGUUAUAUGCCGUAUGUUCGUUGGUGUAGGUGAAGCCUCUUUUAUAAGUCUUGCAGCCCCUUUCAUAGACGAUAAUGCUCCUCAAGAGCAGAAAACUGCUUGGCUCGCUAUGUUCUACAUGUGUAUACCCACCGGUGUUGCUUUGGGCUAUGUAUAUGGAGGAUAUGUUGGAAACCAUUUUAGCUGGCGGUAUGCGUUUUGGGGAGAGGCUAUUCUUAUGGCUCCAUUUGCGGUUUUUGGUUUUGUGAUGAAACCUUUGCAGUUAAAAGGUUUUACUGCUGGUACUUCGCAAAAGUCAUUACGAUCAGUUGAAUCAAUUGCUCCAUCUGUAGGUCUAGAGACAUCAAAAACUGCGGAUAACUUUCCGGUUGGUAUCGAGAUCGAGCAUGUUCAGAUCUCCAGUGAUGAUUGCAAGUCGGCAAUCUGGAAAUCCUUUACCCGAUUUGCAAAAGAUAUGAAAGUUCUGUUGAAAGAAAAAGUCUUUGUUGUUAAUGUCCUAGGUUAUGUGGCAUACAAUUUCGUUAUCGGAGCAUAUUCGUAUUGGGGGCCAAAGGCUGGUUAUAACAUUUAUAAAAUGAAAAGUGCAGAUAUGGUUUUUGGUGCAAUAACAAUCAUUUGCGGGAUAUUGGGAACACUAUCCGGAGGCCUUGUUCUGGAUCGCGUCACUGCUACUAUUCCCAAUGCUUUUAAGCUUUUAUCCGGAGCGACUUUUCUGGGAUCCAUAUUUUGCUUCACUGCAUUCACCAUGAAGAGCUUGCAUGGUUUCAUCCCGCUCUUCUCCUUAGGCGAGCUUUUUGUAUUUGCAACGCAGGCACCAGUUAACUACGUGUGUCUGCAUUGCGUGAAACCAAGUCUAAGACCACUGUCAAUGGCUAUCUCCACCGUCUCAAUACACAUAUUCGGCGAUGUGCCUUCAUCACCCCUUGUCGGGGUUUUGCAGGACCAUAUAGACAAUUGGCGGAAAACUGCGUUGAUUCUAACGUCUAUUCUGUUUCUGGCUGCUGCUAUUUGGUUUAUAGGGAUGUUCAUAAACAGUGUGGACAGGUUCGACGAGGAAGAGACCGGAAGUGAACCUGUGACAAGUGACUGACUGGCUAUAUAAGCACAACUCUAACCCAAUCAACAACUACUUUGUAGCUUAUAUCCCCUUUUUUUUUGUCCUCUUUUUUGUCGUGUGAUAUAUAUUUAUAUAUAUAGUAUGUGUCAUUAUGUAUUUCUGUAUCCGUACGUUUGUCGUGUACAGUCUAUUGAAUACGUUACAGACAAAAAAAAUCUCUGAUAUCCAAUGUUUCUUCA